UUAGGGAAUUUCAGGGGUUCUCACAGGAAAAAGACAUGAACCAAGAGUCUAAAUGUAACUUCAGGGAUCAAGAUGGACCGCAGAAGCAGGAGGGAAGCCACACAGAGAAGAUAAGGGAUAAACCCCUCCCUUGCCAAGAACAUUUCUGUGAAGUAAUUCCCAUGGAGAAGGAAACAUACAAAGGCUGGGAGUGUGGACUAAAUUUCUCAGAUGAAACUCAAUAUAAUAUCCAUUUGCAAAAGGACCUGGGAGAGGUCCAUAUAUGUCUGCAGUGUGGAAAGAGCUUCCUUUGUGGAGAAGAGCUCAUGAUACACCAAAGAAUCCAUAUAGGAGAGAAAAUAUAUAGCUGCUCAGACUGUGGCAGGAGGUUCUCAGAGAAAACAAACCUUAUUCAACAUCAGGUAGUUCAUUCAGAGAGGAAUCCUAAGCCGGUCUAUUCAGAAGUAAACCCCCUCUUAUUUAAUGGAUAUUACUCCUGGGAAAGCGUUCUUAGGUUUGCAGCCUCAGGAGGGAAGCCAUUUAUCUCCUCAGAGAGUGGAAAGAGUUUCUCUGAUGGGAAGGUACAUAAAUGCUUUCCAUGUGGAAAGUAUUUCAAGUACAGAUCUGGACUCCUUUUGCACCAAAGAACCCACACAGGGGAAAAACCUUUUGAAUGCUCAGAAUGUGGGAAGAAAUUCAGUAGGAAUUUCUGUCUUCAACAGCAUCAAAGAACCCACACAGGGGAGAAACCUUUUGAAUGCUCAGAAUGUGGAAAGAGAUUCAGUCAGUAUGUCACUCUUCAACAGCAUCAGAGAAUCCACACGGGGGAGAAACCUUUUGAAUGCUCAGAGUGUGGAAAGAAAUUCAGUCACAGUGUCAGUCUUCAGCGGCAUGAAAGAAUCCACAUAGGAGAAAAAACUUUUGAAUGUUCAGAGUGUGGAAAGAAAUUCCAUAGGAGUUGCCAUCUUAUACAUCAUUACAGAACCCACACAGGGGAGAAACUUUUUGAAUGUUCAGAGUGUGGAAAGAAAUGCAGUAGGAGUUUCCACUUGCAACAGCAUCUAAGAACACACACAGGGGAGAAACCUUUUGAAUGCUCAGAGUGUGGAAAGAAAUUCAGUCAGAGGGGCAAUCUUCUGCAUCAUCACAGAACCCACAGAGGGGAGAAACCCUUUGAAUGCUCAGAGUGUGGAAAGCAAUGCAGUAGAAGUUUCCAUCUGCAGCAGCAUCUAAGAACCCACACAGGGGAGAAACCUUUUGAGUGCUCAGAGUGUGGAAAGAAAUUUAGUCAGCGUGGCAAUCUUCAGCAGCAUCAAAAAACUCACAGAGGGGAGAAGCCUUAUGAAUGCUCAGAGUGUGGAAAGAGAUUCAGUAGGAGUUUCCAUCUUCAGCAGCAUCUAAGAAACCACACAGGAGAGAAACCUUUUGAAUGCUCAGAGUGUGGAAUGAGUUUCAACUGGAGUGGCUAUCUUGAACGGCAUCAAAGAACACACACAGGGGAGAAACCUUUUGAAUGCUUAGAUUGUGGAAAGAAAUUUAACAGGAAUUGCAAUCUUCAACGACAUCUAAGAACCCACAUGGGGAGAAAUUUUUUGAAUGCUCAGGGAGUAGAAGGAGCUUCACUCACAGUUUCUUCCUUCAACAACAUGGAAGAAUUCUCAGGAGAAACUGUAUUACUGCCCAGUCUGUGACAAAAGCUUUUCUUG